CCAAUAAUACUGUCUAAUCUUUAUCUUAUGGGAGCACCGUCGUAUAAGCGGCGCGUGACUGUUAUUCAUCAUGUGGCAGGAAGUUUCUGUUCAGUGCGCAGCUCGGCUGAUUUCGUUUUAACUGCGUACGACUCCUUGUUUCUGAACCAAGAGGGUAUACAGUAUCGCAUACCAUUUCAUUAUUUGUUCAUAAUAUUAUUUGAAAAGUGCCAAUGUAUAACGCACUUCGUUGGCAUCUUUCCUAAUUCCCGGUGGCAUUGUUUCAGCAGGUAAAAAGGAGCUAAGAGCUUUGCCCACGUUAUGAGAAAUUAAUAUGCUUAAGUUCAGAGGCUGGAUCGCAUCUCGUCAAAUGAAAACAGGGUGAACUUGGACUUGGGGACAUAAAACACACUUUGCAUUGCUCUGUUCGCUACUGUGUCCGUAGCUGGGGGGGAAUCGCGCGUAUUUGUGCCAUUUUCCAUCGCAUCGGGCGUGGCUCUUUUCCCGAGCCCAUCUAUUGUCCAGCGCUCGAAAUGUCAAAGCCGGAGCGCAGUUUUUUACUAGUGCUGAGUUAGCCGACGGAACACAGGGUAUUCAUUCACACUCUGAAACUCGUGCAGCCAUGGACAGUCCAGAAGAAGAGCUCGGGGACAUUGAUCCAGAUAUUCCAGAGGAAGGGCCACUCGCACCUCCCCCCGGCUGGUUAGAUAGUGUUACGGGAUACGAGGAACUGCCUGGAGAGAAAGAUUGUGCAGACAAGGUGUUCCCCCCUCCCCCGGAUUACAUUCCUAAACCCGAAAAUGACAAGAAAUCGGCUGUUCCUGAUGUCAGGGUGCCUUCGGUGUCAGAAGACAUGGCCAGAGAAGCCCUCUUAAAGUUUGUGGGCAAGAAAUGGACUUACAGCAGCAAGCCAGCCAGGAACCUGGUCUUCAAAGACCUUAAGCCUUACACUGUGUACCGUUACCGCUUGGAAACGUACACAGAAUCCAGAUCAAGUGCCUGGGACUGUGAACCACACACCGACCAGUUUGUAGAUGGACCGCAGUAUGGACAGAGCCCUCCUCCCUGGGCUGUGGCCGUCGAAGGACCUCCCAUGUACACGGAUUUGACUCAGAAAGUACGCGUUCCACACUCCUCCUUUGUCAAGGCAUGUCACCGGUGUCAUGGGCGAGGAAGGGUGCGAUGUAAUCACUGCCAUGGAAGAAAAAGAACGUGGUGCGGAUUUUGUCAUGGCAGUGGUCGAACGAGGAACAAGCGGUGCACACACUGCCACGGCUCGGGGAGAAAAAGGUGCAACCACUGCCAUGCUAAAGGUCACAGAUGUUGUACCUCCUGCUCUGGACACAGAAACCUGAUGCACUAUAUCGUUCUGACCAUCACAUGGAAGAACCAUGUGUUCGAGUUCAUUCCGGAUCGCGUGCCUGACUUCCCUGUGAAGAAAUUCGAGAAAGUGUCAGGGGACCCGUUUUUCAUCGAUGAAAGUAUUUUGGUCUAUCCGAUCGUGGGGUUCCCAGAUCAAGACAUUUGCAGCGAGUCCAGGAGGAUAAUUGAAGAACAUCUCAACAAAUUCUCCUCCAUGAGCCGCAUCCUUCAGCAGCGUCAAACCAUUGAAGUCGUCCCCCUGACACAGGCCUUCUAUUCCUACAAUGGAAAGAACUAUGACUACUUUGUGUUUGGCUUUGAAAACAAGGUUCAUGCUCCAAAGUAUCCAUCCAGUUGCUCAAUUCUGUAAUGAACCUGGUCAUUCCACUAAAUAAACAGCAUGUAAUGUAGUGUCUGUAGGUUUCCAGUUAUGACAGAUUAACAUAUAUUUAUAUAGUCAAAAUAAUGUGAUUACUUUGUAUUCUAGCCACAAUCAUUUGAAUAUUCAUCUAAUACUA